CAAACAACUUCAGUCUAAGCGCAACUGGCAUGCGCAGUGAACGUGUCGGUUGACAUUCCAUAUUCAAAUACUCUUUUGUUUUCAAAGCGAACACCGUUAAAGACCGAAUAUUGUUUUUAAAAUAUGAACUGAUGUAACAUGAAACUGGUGUAAGUGCAAAUACGUAAUUUUAUGUUUAUACUGAUGGUCCAACGUGAAAUUUCAAGGACAAUGAUUUGAUUUGUGUGUAACCUGUGUAGUAAAUAUCGCAAAAUGGAGGAUGUUUAUACUAUUAAAGUGAAAACAAAACCUGAUACAAGGAAUUUAUAUCCUUCGGAGAGAAGAUAUUCCGCGUCAACAGUGUCUGGAUUGGCGUGGGUUCACAUAGCUCUAGCGGCGACGUCAUUUCUUCUAGCCUGUUUGGCGUUAGUCAAUCCUAACUCAGAUAUAAAGCGAAUAAAUUUAGAUGACACAGAAAAUACAUUAAUAAACAGAAGUGACGUCAUUUUUGACUUAAACAUUGAAGAAUUUGACAGAAACUUAACAGGUUUAUUCAACGAAGUAGAUACAAACAACACGGACGAACAUGUUGCAAGUAAAGAAAAGAGAGACAGCAAUUAUAUACUAGUUUUAGCACCGAGUUUGCUUACUAUCUUCGCUUUAGCGGCGGGUAUAGCUUCAAUAAUGGCUUCGGUUCGAUGGUAUAUCGAUAGAAACAUAACUUGGUUGUUUAUAAUGUCAAUAUUUUCGACGAUAUUCUCGUUAAUUUCCUGCGUUAUGAUUUUUGUCUGGUUUUUUACGAACGAGGUGGACAUUUCUGAGAGUUAUAAGGAGAAAAUACCAUCGAACGAUUACUUUGUAGUGAAACAUAGUGAUGUGAUCGAAAGAAAUGAUUCACAUAUGAUAAUUAAAACUACGCCUUUUGAAAGUGGUGAUAAUUCACACUUAUUUACUAAGAGAGUGUUAAGUAUAAACAUAUUUAUAGCCUCCUUCUUGGAAUUUUUAUGGUCCAUUUUGAGUGUAAAAAUAGCAUACAAGGGCAUGAGAAAUAAUUACAAAGAGGAUGAUAACGAGAGGCGCGGUAACUGCAUUAGUGUCGUAACAACAAUAAAAGGGAAUAACACAAAGAAAUUACCAAGAAAUGGCAAAUUAUUACCGCCAAAACCGGACUUGAUACAGCACUACCCGAGUACGAAGAUAAAGAGGAUAUUUUUAGCGCAAAGCGAUAAUGGUUUUUAUCUUAAAAAUCAAAGCAACAAGGCUAGAAAUACAGAAACUAGCUCAGAAUUAUAUAAAGAGAGGAUGAUGAAUUUUCUAAAUAGAUGCGCGUCGUUGGAAGGCAUGUCGAACCCAGAAAUGCAGACGCCCAGUGUGCAAUCGGAAAAUGUAUUAAACCCGAUCCCAGAGGUAGUGACAGCGGAAAUAAAUAUCCCAGAGAAAAUUGAAGAAAGUCGUGAAAACAGCAGAGUUACGCCCGUAAGCUGGGGCGAUACACCAGAACAUACAAUUUACAAUCAAAACACAAUAAAUUUUGAGAAAAUAUUCAACUUUCACAAUAUCAACAAUCCCCAAGAGAUCGAAAAAGAAGUGGAAAAUAAUGACAAUAAAAAAGUAGAAGCAGAGGUUACUGAAAAUGACGAAGAGAGGUCAUAGGUUAUUAGAUAUAUUUGGAAAUCACAAGUCAAAAACGUUGAAUAGUUUUUAAGCUUCUUCGAUAAACGUUAUCAACUAAUUUUAACUUAAUUUAUGCGUGUAAACACUCACCUUCAGUUGUAGUAUAUGUGAAAUAGUCCUAGUGAAUAUAGCGGUUUUCUUGUAAAAUUUCGAGGUCUUUUCUGUUUUUUUUAUCGUAAAAAUUUUUAUGA